ACAACAACAAACUGAAGCGAUGCGCAACUUUCCAGCAGGCUAUCUAUUUUUUGUGAGUGAUCGCUGUUAUCAAUGGUGAAAUCCAAGAGGUACAGACAUUUGAAGUAAUUUUCCACACAUAUUUGCGUGAGACAUUUAUGGGAGGUUUAGCAUUGAAAGAAGCACAGCGCCGUUUAAAUAUUUGUCUGGUCAAUAGUGUUUAAGAUUAACUCGCGAUAAAUUCGUACUUAUAGUCUUAUUCUACAUGUUACGUACAGCAGGAAACGUUUGAGUAGGCCAUAGGUAUUGGAGUGAUUUCAAAAGUUCUUAUUUUAAGUGAGUAAAUCUGUUCAAAGGUCAGGUUUUGGGAAAUCCUCAAGCAGAAAGAGGUGAAGCUAAAGUUUCUAUUCCUACCAUGAUCAGAACUCAUUAAGAUUGAUCUUAAGAUAAGAAAGAAAGAUUAUGGACAUCACAGAGGUGGAAGAACACAUCACCGUGAAGUAUGAAAUCAAGAGAAGACUUGGAAAAGGGGCAUAUGGAAUUGUUUGGAAAGCUGUGGACAGAAAAACAGGAGAGACUGUUGCUGUGAAGAAAAUAUUUGACGCUUUCAGGAAUCGAACAGAUGCUCAGAGAACAUUCAGAGAAAUAAUGUUCCUUCAGGAGUUUGGGGACCAUCCUAACAUAAUCAAAUUACUGAAUGUAAUCAGAGCCCAAAAUGACAAAGAUAUUUACCUUGUGUUUGAAUAUAUGGACACAGAUCUGCAUGCAGUAAUAAAGAAAGGAAAUCUGUUGAAAGACAUUCAUAAGUGUUAUAUAAUGUACCAGCUUCUUAAAGCGACAAAAUACCUUCAUUCAGGCAAUGUCAUACAUAGGGACCAAAAGCCAUCCAACAUGCUACUAGACUCAGAUUGCUUUGUGAAGCUGUGCGACUUUGGCUUGGCAAGAUCCCUGUACCAGAUCCAAGAGGAUGCUGUCAACCCCGCCAUGACAGAGUAUGUAGCAACAAGAUGGUACAGGGCCCCUGAAAUUCUCCUGGGAUCCACUAGGUACACUAAAGGUGUUGAUAUGUGGAGUGUGGGAUGCAUCCUGGCAGAGAUGCUCUUGGGCAAGCCGCUCUUCCCUGGGACUUCAACCAUUAAUCAAAUCGAGAAAAUCUUAAGUGCCAUUCCACAUCCUUCUACAGAGGAUGUAUUGGCCAUCAGAUCAGAGUAUGGGGCUUCGGUGAUUCAGAGAAUGCUGCUUAGACCACAGGUUCCAUUAGAUGAAAUUCUGCCGCCAUCAGUACCACCUGAUGCUCUUGAUUUAGUGCAACGCCUGCUUGUUUUUAAUCCAGACAAGAGACUUAAUGCAGAGGAAGCUCUGCAGCACCCUUAUGUGUCCAAAUUUCACAAUCCUGCCCGAGAACAAAGUCUGAACUAUGAUGUCAUUCUACCAGUGGACGAUGACGUCCAACUCUCUGUUACUCAGUACCGAAACAAGCUCUAUGAGAUGAUCCUGGAGAAAAGGACCUGUCGACAAAUGCAAAAACAACCUUAUUUCAAGAAGAAAAUAGUGGAAACCACAGAAGUGAACGGAAACAGUGGAAUGGACAAAAGCAAAGAAACUUUUCAGGGGGAAGGCAUGCAUGGAGAGGAAGGAGAUAAUGAGAGGAAAUCUCCCAAAGACAAGAGGAGCCAUAAUGGAACUGCACCGGUUAUUGCAAAACCUCUCAGUAGGCCUGAGCAAACACACACAGCUAUUGAGAACACCAGCCCAGCAGUGAGCCCCAAUGCAGUCAAAAAGUCCUAUAACCCCAUCACACACAUGCCAAGAGUACCUCAUCUUCACCGAAUCGGAAAGAGGAUUCAGGAUUCUGGAAGUGGACUACCUAUAGAUGGGGCUAAUGGCUUUGUGGGUGUUGACCAGCGUGGUCGUUCUGCUCCUGUGACACGCACUCGCUCUUUCUCUCUCACACUAGCACAGCCCCAAAACAAUCCUUUGCUUCGCAAGGAUGAACCCACUGUUUCCCCUGGGCUAUGUGUCACUUCUGCUCGCCUGAACCAGCGUUCUAAUUCGCAGUCACGUGAUGCCAAGCCUCCUCCAAGGUUUAGCAAGAAGGUGUUCCAGAGUAAUUCAAAUGUUUCUGCAGCUGGAGAUCCUCGCGCCAAACUAGGCAGUUACUCUCAGGCGUACGGGACUAUCAGCAAGACCGGACUGGACAAUCUUUUUAGGAAUUACCACCAGUUUUAAAAUAUAUGGUGUUUUGGAAUCUCCCAGAUCAAAUAGAAAUGACUGUCAUUGAGUCUGUGGAUUUUACAUACAUUUAACACAUUAAUGCCUAACUAACUCAGUCAUCAGAUGCUGUGAAGUAUAUUGCCAUUAUGGAAAUCCCAGAUUAGUGCUGCCAAUGACAUGAUUCUGAUCAGUUUAUAUUCAGGUGUCAACUUCUUGUUUGUAAAUAUGCGGUGAAAAUAUUGAUUAAACUAAAGAAUCUCUUAGAAUUAAAAGG